UGUCAACGCACCGUUCAGUGACGUCAAUUCUUCUCGAGGCAGCAGGUGAGAGAGAGCAUCGCGUCUUAAACGCGAACGAUCGAGUAGCGGAGCGCAGUCAUGGGAAAGCUUCAAGAAUUUAACAUCACUUUCACCAAUAAUAAGGUGGUAUACAGUCCCGGAGAAUCUCUCGGCGGGACGGUCAAAAUACGAAUCAGCAACUCGCUGCAGUACAAAGCCAUCAAGGUGAACUGUCAAGGCUCAUGUGGGAUUUCCAAUAAAGUGAACGACACAUCGUGGACUAUUGUGGAGCAGUACUUCAACAGCACUUUAUCUGUCGCUGACAAAGGAACUCUGACAGCAGGCGAACACAAUUUCCCUUUCCAGUUUCUCAUCCCAGCUGCAGCACCGACCUCUUUUGAAGGACCAUUUGGAAAGAUAACUUACCAUGUGAAAGCUGCCAUUGACACGCCUCGCUUUGCCAAGGACUACAAAGCCCAGAGGCCCUUCUACCUUCUCAACCUGCUCGACCUUAAUGAGGUCCCGGAUAUUGAUCAUUUUAACUACGCUGUCACCACAAAGAAAUUUAACUACCUUCUGGUGAAGUCUGGGACCCUUAUGCUGAAAGCUCACAGUGACUUCAGGGGCUAUAUCCCUGGUCAGGUGAUCAAGUUAGCCGCCGAGAUCCACAACAAGUCUGGAAAAGACACAGGAUGUGUACUGGCAAGUCUCAUACAGAAAGUGACUUACAAGACAAAGCGGCAUAUAUUUGACCUCCGAACCAUCGCAGAGGUGGAGGGAGCCGGAGUUAAGGCAGGGAAACACGCAGAGUGGAAAGAACAGAUCAUUGUCCCACCUCUUCCUCAGUCUUCGUUAAUAGGCUGCAGCCUCAUAGAUAUCGACUAUUUCAUUCAGGUCGCACUAAAAUCUCCGGAGGCAGUUGUCAACCUGCCCAUCUACAUUGGGAACAUUGCCCUGAACUUGUCUCCUGCAAGGACUGUACCUUCUUGUCUAGACCAUUGCGAUGUGCCACGCUCACCCAAUGCAGCAGGACUGACGCCCAGUGCCCCUCCGGUUGAGGGCGACGCCGAGCUGUGUGCAGGUGUUAAUGCCAGCGAAGCGAUUCCCACCAAGAGUCAUUCUCAGCAACGUGAGGCUGUCAACAUGUCACCGAGCGCCUUUAGCCAUGCACCCAGUACAGCGCUGCUACCUAGCCACAGACAGCCCGACGCGUCCGCCCCCUUGUUCUGUGUUUCAACUGGGGCUACCAUACCUUUCUUUACUGAUGAAGACCCCACACCUGUCCCCACUUCCUGUGCUCUCAUCUUGCCUCCAGAAUAUAGCAGUUGGGACUAUCCUCAUGAGCCUCCACCCACUUAUGAAGAAAGUUGCAGUAGCACCGACUUCAGUUUAAACAGUGGACAAUAGAAGCUGAUGAAAAAGCACCGCCCACAGUUCCGGAUCAUGGAAAUACCCUCAUGAAAACAGGACCAACUCCAUAACGCCAAAGAUGAAUAUGUCCUCGACAAGUACAAAGAGUUCAUGUCUUGUGAAAAUAAGAAUUGGAUUUUGAUCACACAUGCUGUGAUAGACAGAGCAGUUUAACACCACUGUGCUUAAAUUAAGAUUCAAAAGUGUCUGGACUUUAUCUGCUAUGACAAAAAGCGAUGUGAACCCAAUUAAAUUUUAUUUUUCUGUGCUCUAACUGGCACAUAGUAGCCAAACAGCAGGUCAGAGUAUUCUGAGGUAACCUGGACAGACUGAUACCUGACACGAGAGUCCUGUCAUGGGUCUUACCUGCCCACAUGGGUAAUGUAAUAAUUGAGAAAUUGAAAUCACGAUAAGUGACUUGACCUGAAGUGAUGUUAUGUGACUGGACCACAUAGUUUAGUUUAGUUUAGUUUAUUGUUUAGCACAUAUUAUUACAUCAAUAACUGUGCAAGGAGGGAGACGAAGCCUAGGGCUUGUAAAGAGCUCCACUCCUUCUAAGUAUUGACCAUUAUCAACACCAUAUGAGAGAGACCAGAUCCAAAGGUUGCUUUGGAGAAAUUAAUUCCCUUGGAGAGAAUAUGUCCUGUUAUCAGACAAUUGUGAAGAUAAUCACAGCGAGCACAACAUCAACUUGACUAAUAGUUUGACCUCCUGCAAGUUGUACAGCAAGCAGACGUAGACGCAGUGGAGGCUUUGGAUGCGGAUCACGCAAGAAGAGACCUGCGCUCAUCAGCAGUGGUCGAGUCUGAAAAUGAGCUCUAAGGCAGAAAGGCCAGGUGUGGAUGUAAUUUAACCCAAAACCACAAAAGGCUUUGAACACUGCUUCUUUUUCUGGUAAAUGCUGUGUGCCUUGGGUGCAGUGCUGUGAUAGUAUGUUGCACUUGGCCCACUUUUACUAGCCAUCCUUUGUCUUUAUUCUGAGGUGAUUUGCCAGUUCAUUUUCACUUCUUUCCCUCAAAUUUGAAAUUCAUAUAUUCUGUCAUCACUUUUAACUGCAUGGCACGCAGUAAUCUAAUUUAUGUCAUGACACUGGUUUUAAUUACAUGUAACAUGUUUGAGAUGAACAUUGGCUGAGAUCUGCACACCUGCUAAUCUGAAUGGAUCUACUGUAUUAUUAGCUUUGUUUACUAAUAAUUUCUUCCUGUAUGAAUCAAGACACAGAUCUUAGCACUAUUUUAUGACCGUAGCAGUUGCCAUAUGGUUUUCAACUAUGGCACAACCAGAAACAAAGUUUUUUUUACUGUAAUUAAAAUGGCAAUAAUACCUUUCUGCAUUUUACUGAAUGUUUGCCUUCUACUUUUCUGGGUCUUGUCAUUCACUGUUGGAGCAUUUAAUGGAGUUAUUCCCUCUCUGUCAGGGUGUAUGUCAGAGUCUACUUGUGCAGUUAAUGUGGACUAUUCCUACACACUUCAUGCAUGGAAAUGUUUCUUUAUUGAUGUCAAGCAGAAACAACAGGCCCUUACACCUGCUAGAAUUGCUGUAAGAAUGCAACUCUCGUCAUUGCCAAGAAAAAUGUGUUCGACUGAAAGGAUUUUGCAUUGUGUGCAACAUCCUUGGUUUGCCCUUUUUAGACCAAAGAGUAUGAUAGUGAAAUGAUUAACCACUUUUUGGUGCAGUUUUUACAUUCAUUCUUUUGCACAUAUUGACAAGUGGUACCUUUUUUUUUUCCUUUCUCUCUCUCUAUAUACUUGUAACUGGUUUACAGGUGCAGUACACAGUAUAAUAUAACAAAUGUGUACAAUAGAACAAUACAUUUAUCUGACUUGUUUGGUCAUUUGAAAAUAAUGUCACAUUUUAAGUGUUUCCAAAACACUGGAUUUUUUGGUUUUUCUAAAAUGAAAUCCUAUUGUUAUUAAGCUGCAUAUUUUUAAACUACUGCUAUUAAAAGUUAUCUAAAUAUAA